AGCAUCAUAAUUAUUCUGGCUGGAGCGAUUGCACUCAUCAUAGGCUUUGGUAUUUCAGGGAAGCACUCCAUCACAGUCACCACUCUUACCUCAGCUGGGAACAUCGGGGAGGAUGGAAUCCUGAGCUGCAGUUUUGAACCUGAUAUCAAACUUUCUGAUAUUGUGAUACAGUGGCUGAAGGAAGGUGUUAUGGGCUUGGUCCAUGAGUUCAAAGAAGGAAAAGAUGAUCUGUCAGACCAGGAUGAAAUGUUCAGAGGCCGGACAGCAGUGUUUACUGAUCAAGUGAUAGUUGGCAAUGCCUCUCUGAGGCUGAAAAACGUGCAACUCACAGAUGCUGGCACAUACAAAUGUUUUAUCAUCACUUCUAAGGGCAAGGGGAAUGCUAACUUGGAGUAUAAAACUGGAGCCUUCAGCAUCCCAGAGGUGAAUGUGGACUCUAAUGCCAGUUCAGAGAGCUUGCGGUGUGAGGCCCCCAGAUGGUUCCCUCAGCCCACAGUGGUCUGGGCAUCCCAAGUUGACCAGGGAGCCAACUUCUCAGAAUUCUCCAAUACCAGCUUUGAGCUGAACUCUGAGAAUGUGACCAUGAAGGUGGUGUCUGUGCUCUAUAACGUCACGAUCAACAACACAUACUCUUGUAUGAUUGAGAAUGACAUUGCCAAAGCCACAGGGGAUAUCAAAGUGACAGACUCUGAGAUCAAAAGGCGGAGUCACUUACAGCUGCUGAACUCACAGGCUUCCCUGUGUGUCUCCUCUCUCUGUGCCAUCAGUUGGGUACUGCUGCCUCUCUCCCCUUACCUGAUGCUGAAAUAAUCGGGCUCGGCCAGAGAGAAACAUGCAAAGUCACUGGUACAAUAGAAAUCUUCAGAAUUAUUUCACCACAAGAUGCGACCUAAUUUUGUAUUUCUCGGGAGAAAUUAAUUCAUGUCUAGCAGUCUGGAGUAAACAAAUUAGA